UCCCGCAGGCACCUGCCCGCUCUGCCGGCUGCAACUUUCGCUGCCUGUUCCGCGCCCCGAGCACCCUGUCCAGUGCUUCGGCGGGGAUGGACGCCGCGGGGCCGCGCCGCUGCUAACCGGUACGGCGGGCGGGCGGCUGGGGAGCUGCUGCCGGGGCUCUCCGGCUUCGCCCUGCCUGCCGCUGCUGUUUCCGCUGCCACCUUCGCUGCCCCACGCUCAGCGGGCAUGGAGGUCCAGCUGGGGGUUGGCCGCGUCUACCCGCGGGCGGGCGGCAGGACCUUCCGCGGGGCUUUCCAGAGCUUUUUCCAGAGCGUGUGCGAGGCUUUCCAGGAGCCGCGGGAGGAGCCCGGCGCCGGCCAGCAGCCCUGCCCGCCGAGCCCCCGGCCGCCUUGCUCGCCCUCCUGCCUGCCACCCCAGGAGCCCCGCGACGCCGGGAAAGCGGUGCCGGCGCGCGGCGCUGCCGUGGGCUCCUCUUUUCCCUGCUCCGGCGAGAUGAGGGAGCUGCUGGGCGAGACGGGCGCGAUGCCGCUGCUGCCGGCGCCCGAAGCCGAGCCGGCGCCCAAGGAGGACCCGCUGGGCGACAGCGCCAGGCAGCUCUGCAGGGCCGUGUCUGCCUCCAUGGGCCUGGCCCUAGAGGCACCGACCGAGCCGCUGACCCGGGAGGACUGCAUGUUCGCGCUGCCCGCCGGGCCAACCCGGACCCCUCGCCCGGCCGGCGGGGACCCGCCGCAGGCACCGCCCGCUCCGGCCGCCUUCGCGGGGGCCGGGGCUGCCCUGGCCGUCGAUGUCCCCGCCGGACCGGAGCUCUGUCACGGCUCCCCGGAGCCCGCAGCGCGGCCCGCCCCCGGCCUUCGCCUGCCGCCGCCCGCCCGCGUCAAGCUGGAGAGCCCGCCGGGGCCGGCGGCGGGCGGCAGCUGGGGCAACGUGUGCCGCUACGGCACCGAAAUGGCCCCUCCGGGCCCCGCGCCGCCCUGGCCCGCCUUUCUCAUCGAGGAGGGGCCGCUGUACGGGCCCUGCGCCGAGCCGCCCGCCGGGCCCCUCGGUUGCGGGCGCGGGCUGGCCGCGGAGACCGCCGAGUUCCCCGCCGACACCUGGUUCCCGGCGGGCCGGGCGCCCUUCGCCGUCCCGGCCGCCUGCAUCAAGAGCGAGCUGGAGCCCUGGACCGAGGGCUACGCCGGCGCCUACGGCGAUGUCCGGUUGGAGACUGGCCAUGAACAUGUCUUGCCCAUUGACUAUUACUUUCCACCUCAAAAGACUUGCCUGAUCUGUGGAGAUGAAGCAUCUGGGUGCCAUUAUGGAGCCCUCACUUGUGGUAGCUGCAAAGUCUUCUUCAAACGGGCGGCUGAAGGUAAACAGAAAUACCUUUGUGCCAGCCGGAACGACUGCACCAUCGACAAGUUCAGGAGGAAAAACUGCCCGUCCUGCCGCCUGCGGAAGUGCUAUGAAGCUGGGAUGACUCUUGGAGCCCGCAAGCUGAAGAAGAUGGGCAACCUGAAGACACAAGAUGAAGUGGAGGCAGCCAGCUCAUCCAGCCCCACAGAAGAGCAAGCUCCCAAGAUGGUGAUGACGCGCAUUGAUGGGUAUGAGUGCCAGCCCAUCUUCCUCAACGUCCUGGAGGCCAUUGAGCCUGGCGUGGUGUGUGCUGGCCAUGACAACAGCCAGCCGGACUCCUUUUCCAACCUGUUGACCAGCCUGAAUGAGCUUGGGGAGAGGCAGCUGAUCUAUGUGGUCAAAUGGGCAAAGGCUUUGCCAGGAUUUCGCAACCUGCAUGUGGAUGACCAGAUGUCAAUAAUCCAGUACUCUUGGAUGGGCCUUAUGGUGUUCGCUAUGGGUUGGAGAUCUUUUACCAACGUCAAUUCCAGGAUGCUUUACUUUGCUCCAGAUUUGGUCUUCAAUGAGUACCGGAUGCACAAAUCCAGAAUGUACAGCCAGUGUGUCAGGAUGCGGCACCUCUCUCAGGAGUUCGGGUGGCUUCAGAUCACACUGCAGGAGUUCCUCUGCAUGAAGGCUCUACUUUUCUUCAGUAUUAUUCCAGUGGAUGGCCUGAAGAACCAGAAGCUCUUUGAUGAACUUCGAAUGAAUUAUAUUAAGGAACUUGACCGUAUCAUCGCUUGCAAGAGGAAGAACCCUACCUCCUGCUCUCGGCGAUUUUAUCAGCUCACCAAGGUCCUGGACUCCGUGCAUCCUAUUGCCAAGGAUCUGCAUCAGUUUACAUUUGACCUUUUAAUUAAGGCACAUAUGGUGAGCGUGGACUACCCUGAAAUGAUGGCUGAGAUCAUCUCUGUGCAGGUUCCCAAGAUCCUGUCUGGAAAAGUCAAGCCUAUCUACUUCCACGCACAGUGAUCUUCCGGAAGGACCUCCCAGUUCUGCCACCCCCAUUUCAGCAAUCUCCUGCCAAUUUUUUCUGCACUACUGUACUGCAGUGCCUUGGGGAAUCCCCUCUACAGGCGGUGUGCCGGGAGGAUGGACAGUGACAAGCGACUACCUGCUGGGAUUCCCGAGAUUUCUGGGUUUCGUGAGGUACCUCUUGAACUGAGCUGCCUGCCUCAGCUUCUGCCUAGAUUUGGCUGGCUCACCGUGCUGGGACAGGGG